UCUGGCCUGGAAGGGCUACUUGCCCCCUGCUGGCUACCCCCAUGCCCCCUGGGACACCCUUGGACCCGCCUGGGCUACUGCCUCGCCUGCUCCUCCUGCCGCCCCCUGAGGAGGCCCCCCCUGAUCUGGGCCGGCUACUGGCUGGGCUACGACCAGGGCUGCUGGUAGCCAGUGCCCAGCACGGGAUCUUCCUCCGGCGGCGGCCUGCAGGGACACUGGCUCCUGCGGGGUGCACGAUUCAUUGCAAUGGCCCCCACAGCCCGGGGGGGCCCCUGCUGGAGGGGCAGCUCGUGCAGCCGUUUGACCCUCAGCGUUUCCAGGAGGAGCUGAGCCAGCACCGCGCUGGGCUGGGCCCCCUCCCCAAGCACCAGGUGACGCUGGCCGUGGGACAGGAGCUGGGCCCCGAUGAUGGGCCGCACAACCGCACCCUGGUCCUGCAGCUGGAACAGGCCUUGGCCCGGCAGCUCCUGGACAACGUGCGACCCCUGCGGCUGCCUCCGCCACGGGCCUGAGACCGCCCGGCCCCCCCGAGCCCCGGCCCGGCCGCUGUGACCCGACCCCGCAAUAAACCUGCGUCCGGCCGC